AUGCCUUUCCCUUUCCUCCCCUCUGUCCCCCCCUCCCCCUCCCCCUCCCCCUCCCCCUCCCCCUCCCCCUCCCCCUCCCCCUCCCCCUCCCCCUCCCCCUCCCCCUCCCCCUCCCCCUCCCCCUCCCCCGCCCCCUCCCCCUCCUCCUCCCCCUUUUUCUCGGCCGUGCUUCAGCUGGUGCCGGGUGCGAAGCUCACAGGCACAGCAUCCCCCACCCUGUCAGUGCCAUUGGACUGCUACGACCUGCCUGCUGCUGUCAACAUCUCCUCCCGUGCAGCUCUCCUGGCGUCCUUCCCCCUCGCCCGCCUGGACUUCACCAAUGGGGCUUUCUGGUGGUUACCACCGGACACCUACCUUCUUCUGCCUGACCCAGUAUCUCUGCCCAGGACGGUGUGUUUCUCGCUGCAGAAGACACUGACCAACACGCCCCACACCAUCAUAGGAGCCCCCUGGCUGUACAACAAGCAUGUGUAUUUCAACAAUGCGGCCUCCCGCAUAUCAUGGGCCGACAUCAACUGCACAACGUCCCAGCCACUCAAGUACAAGUGGAACACAACACCCCCGCCUCCCUCCCCCAGUCCCCCCUUUCCCCCUCCGCCCAGCAGCCCUCCCCCUCGGCCCGCCUUCCCACCCCCGCUUCCCCCACCCUCUCCCCCACCUUUUCCUCCCCCUGUUCCCCCUCCGCCCCCUUCCCCCCCUCCCCCGUCCUUACCUCCGCCUCCUCCGCCUUCUCCCCCUCCUCCUGCUGCGUCACCUCCCCCUCCUCCCCCUUCUCUUCCCCCACCCGCCCCGCCUCCUGCUCCCCCUCCCUCACCUCCCCCUUCUCCCCCACCCGCCCCUCCCCCAACCCCUCCCCCUUCCCCUCUUCCACCCCCAUCCCUCCCUCCAACCAUCACCCCUAUUCCCCCACCUCUUUCCCCUCCGUCUCCCCCCCCACCUUCCCCCGUACCUGCUCCCCCGCCUGCUCUUCCCCCUGCCCCUCCUCCCCAAACCCCAGUGAUUCCCCCGCUCGAAACUCCCCCUGUCAUGCCCCCAAUCCUCCUCCCAAUUCCUCCCCCCAGUCCCCCCCCUUCCCCCACUCCCCCAGCAUCUCCCCCUGAAACCCCUCCCCCACCAUCCGAACCUCCCACCGCCCCUCCUCCCGAACCUCAAGCUGCUCCUCCUCCCGAGCCUGCAUCCGCACCUCCUCCCGAACCACCAGCCUCACCGCCACCCACCGAACCUCCCCCUUCACCGCCCCCUCCCGAACCUGAAACCCCCGCGGACUCCAACUGCCCUCCCGAACCUACCUUGUGCGGUUUCAUCCUCGGAGGUUCGGAAACCACCGUACCUCGCAUCACGCUGCAGCAGCUUCUGGAUCCAGGCUCGGCAGAUGGACUAACCACAGUAACUAUAGCUCCCGCAGAGGUCAACACAGGGGAGGGCAGUGGGGGGGGAGGUAGCGGAGGGGGAGAUAAUGGGGGUGGAGUGCGGGUGGUGGUGAUUAAUGUUGGCUUGGCGGAGAUUCUGUGUGGGGAUGGAGUGGAGGACAAGACUGCAGCAGCAGCUACUAACGCUUUCUUCUUCCAAAGCAACGUGCUAACAGCACGUAACAUCAUGGAUAUUCUCUCCGCCAACCUAGCCAACCACUACAUCCGGUUACCCAUCAGUGCCGCACAAGUGUCCACCGACGCUGCAACGUUCAAUCUCAACGCAGGUGACGGCAACAGCAUCAUUCCAGACGAGAGGCGCUGUGUGGUGUUUUACUUCUCGUCAUCCGACGGCUCUUCUUCUGACAGCUCAACUGAGAGCUCAUCCGACGGCUCUGACAGCUCAUCUCAUGACUCUGAUGGGUCUCACCUCUCAUCCGACGGUCCUGGUGGCUCGUCACAUGACUCAUCUGGCGAUUCACAUUACAGCUCCUCCAGCAGCUCAGCUGAGGAUUUUAACCCUUUCUCACAUCACCCCAAGUACUAUCACCAACACUUGUCCCCACAAAGAUCGCUUACCACUUGA